AAACUGGAGCACGAGCUUGCCGACAUGUCCUGGAAAAUUAAAUGGAACGAUAUUGAUUUUCAUACAAAAUACGCCAGUAUGGCAUCCGUCAGUCGACUGUCCUUGAUGGAUAACAGACGCAGAGCAUCGAUAGGCUCAGUCCAGGGACAGAUAUUCGCACGUUUAUGUCAAUACAAGGGCGUCACGGCGGCUGUGAAGCGUGUAGAGAAGAAGUACGUCGAUGUGAACAGAGCGCUGCUGAUGGAGAUGAAAGAGACGCGUGACGUCAGCCACAACAACGUGGCGCGCUUCAUCGGCGCAUGCGUCGACCCUCCAAACGUCGCCAUCUUGAUGGAGUACUGUUCCAAGGGCAGCCUUCAGGACAUACUGCAGAACGAAGCCAUCAAACUCGAUUGGGUGUUUCGUUACUCGCUCAUCGAUGAUAUAAUCAGCGGUAUGACAUAUCUGCACGGCUGUCCAAUAGUGUCUCACGGACAUCUUCACUCGAGAAACUGCAUCGUCGAUGGGAGAUUCGUCUUGAAGAUUUCAGACUAUGGUUUACCUUCUCUUCGCACUCACAGAAAGCCUUCGGAUGGUGACAGUCACUAUUGUAGCGAUCUGCUUUGGAAGGCACCCGAGUUGCUGCGAAUCGCUUCACCUCCGCCUAAAGGCACUCAGCCCGGAGACGUUUACUCGUUUGCGAUUAUUAUACAAGAGAUUGUGAUUCGUGACGAACCGUACGACCUGGAUCUCAUGCAACCAGAGGAGAUCAUUGAGCGGCUCAUGGAGCCAGAACUGCCGCCGUAUCGGCCGACGAUCGACGACGCAUGCUCCUCAGAGCUGGCCGAUGUCAUGCGAUCGUGCUGGAACGAGAAUCCGGAUGAGCGGCCGACGUUCGUGCAUAUAAGAAGCAUGAUGCGGGCCGUGACAAAAGGCAUAAAAGGCAAGAUGAAUAUAGUCGACGACUUGCUUUUGCGCAUGGAACAGUAUGCGAAUAAUCUAGAAGCGCUCGUCGAAGAGAGAACGGUGGCAUUUCUCGAGGAGAAGAAACGCUCCGAGGAGCUGUUGUACCGCGUUCUACCGAGAUCCGUCGCCGAGAAACUACGGAUAGGGCAACGCGUAGAGCCGGAAGCAUACGAUUGGGUGACAAUCUACUUUUCCGAUAUCGUUGGAUUUACGGCCCUGAGUGCAUCGAGCAGCCCGAUGCAGGUUGAAACCAUUGGGGAUGCAUAUAUGGUUGUAAGUGGACUGCCCGUGAGAAAUGGCGACAACCACUCAGCCGAAAUAUCCAGAAUGGCUCUACGACUUCAGAACUCGGUAACGAAAUUUAAGAUUCGUCAUCAUCCGGAGGAAGAACUGAAGCUUCGCAUAGGCAUUCACACAGGUCCAUGUGUAGCCGGCGUCGUCGGGUUAACCAUGCCUCGUUAUUGCCUGUUUGGCGACACUGUAAAUACAGCUUCACGGAUGGAAUCGAACGGCUUACGUAAGAUUACAUGUUCGAAUCUUCUAGUGCGAACAGUUGCCAGCGGGUGGCUAUUUUAUUGUUAG